AAUUUCAAUAAAAAUAUAAAAAAAAAAAUAAUAUCAAGUAUGAAGAUGGUCUAUAAAAUGGAAUGCGCUAUGUUUACGUCUUUUACGUGAGCGUGAUGUUCCCGCGAACCACGUGGCGACGUUAGAUACCUAAAUUUGAGUAACGCAGAUUUGUGACAGCGUCCUUAAAACGUAAGCGGGCUUUUAAUGGCCCUAUCACUGAGUAUAUUAAAGAUUGGCGCGAGCCGGCGCUAUUUGUACGGUACAGACUACAGUUGAGGAGCGUUGAUAAGUCAUUUGAAAUCGUGAAUCGUGGCCGACUUACGUGGAAGCAUAAAUAAAGUCACCAACAUGUCUAUGCCGGCGUACGACAGCUGGUUUGUUCGUACCAACGACGUAUACCAGCUGUGGGCCAACCAGCCCACAUACAUAAUAUCCCAAGCUGUGUAUAUAUUUGCUGGUAUCCUAACCUUAUUACACGCAAUCAGCAAGGGUGGCAGGUGGCCUUACUUCUGGCUGGCCACAGUCCUCCAUGGCGUAUUCACGGAUAACUUUUGGGCCAUCGCAGUGCCACAGUUCGACAACUUUUGGCAUUCACAAACACCCUUAAUUUUCUUGGGAGGAAGAUUGCCUCUUCACAUUAUUUUGCUGUAUCCCGCGUUCAUUUACCACGCGGCGUACGCGGUCUCGCGCCUCAACCUGCCCAGAUACGCAGAACCAUUCGCCGUUGGUCUAUUGACCGUUCUGAUAGACAUCCCAUACGAUAUAGUGGCUGUUAAAUUCGUACAUUGGAUGUGGCACGACACUGACCCGAAUAUAUUCGACCGCCACUAUUGGGUACCUUGGAAUUCCUAUUACUUCCAUGCAACUUUUGCCGCGAGUUUCUAUUUCUUCUUCCACUCGUUCAGGAACUGGUAUGCGCCAAAGGUGUCACAAUGGGCUUCUGCGGGGAAAUACGUGGAAAUAUCCUCUCUAAUUCUGGCCUCUCUCCUCGGAAUGCCGGGUGGAGUGGUGAUGUUCAUACCUAUUUACCAUCCACUACACGAUUUAUUCAACAUACAUUCAGAAGUGACGUUCUUCUUCCUUGCUUCUAUAUUCCUGGCGAUUGUACUGGUUGGUCUACUGAGCGACAGGGAGAAGUGCCAGGACAGGCUAACAAUGUUCGAUUACGUCCUUAUACUACAACUGGCUCUCCACUACAUAAUAUACUGGAGUUUCGUGGUAUUCCUGAACCCGGAGGAUGAAGUAUCUGUUGGUUUCCAUCAGCCGAUUGGACCCUGUGAUGACGUCACACAUUUCACAUCUCCAUUUGGUCAGAAACUGUCCAAGAAGACGUUCCUGUGCCCCACGAACUACGACGAGAAGUACUUCGACUUCCACUGCGUUGGGGGCAAACUGCCUCAGAACGGCUCCAACUGGUACACCAUUUGUGGAACACCUUUUGAAAACCGAGCGGAGUACAUCACCGUCCUAACUGCAAUAUUAGUAUUUGCUUUUGCUAUCUUCCGCGGAAUAUAUUUCAAAACCCUAGUACCCGUGUCCGCGGCAAAAGUUGUUCGUAAUAAAAAGAAAGUAAACUAAUGCCAUAGUUGGUAAAUGUCAAUGUCAAUAUUAAUAAGUCAAAGUUUUUUGUCAGUCGACGUGUUAAAUGAUUGGUUAAAUGUUCUAUG